AUGACACCUGAAAUUACUGCAAACACCUUUCUCACUGCCACAGGUUCUCCAUCAGACCAAAAGACGACAAUCUUCUUCAUCUCCGGCAAUCCGGGUCUGAUCGGCUACUACCACCCAUUCCUCUCUUUACUCUCAAAGUAUCUAGAUGAGGAAAAAGAGGAAAAUCUACCAAGCCGACCAUCAUUUCAAAUCUACGGCUGCUCUCUGGGUGGCUUUGAAAUCGACGAACACAAGCCCUCGCCGUCAAACAAUGGCAUCGAUCUCGACCUGGAAGAUCAGAUCUGCUUUGUCCAGGGCAAGCUCGCUACCCUGAUGGGGACGAAGGCAACACAAAAAGUCAUCCUGAUCGGCCACUCCGUCGGCGCAUAUAUCGCAAUGGAAAUCCUAAGACGACACCGUGAAUCAAAUCCAGGAAGCGCCUUCGAUAUCAUCGGCGGAGCGAUGCUCUUCCCAACAGUCAAGGAUAUCGCCGCGUCGCCUUCAGGGCAGAAAUUGACGACUCUACUUUCGAUUAUUCCCCGUCUGGCUGUGGUGGUUAGUUUCUUCGCUCGACUACUUACAUUUCUGCUCCCGGCAUCACUUCUUCGAUCUGUCAUCCGGCUUGUUAUGAAUGACCCGCCCGUUCAUGCUUUGGACACUACGUGUGCUUUUUUGAAGAGUCGGGGUGGGGUACGGCAAGCUUUACAUAUGGCUGCUGAUGAAAUGCGGACUAUCACUUCGGACAAAUGGAGUGAUGAUGUCUGGGGUGCUGCGUCGGCGCGUGAGCCUAUCGCUAAGCUGUUCUUCUAUUUUGGUCGUAAUGAUCACUGGGUGGCUGAUCAGACGAGGGAUGAUAUUGUUGCGGUGCGCGGGCAGAAGGGAGGACAGGCUGGGCCGACUAUGGUUGUUUGUGAAGAAGGCUUGCCACAUGCAUUUUGUUUGAAACACAGUGAUGUGAUGGCGCGAAAAGUUGCGGGGAUGAUUAGGCAGAUUGUGGCCUGA